UGAGUUACUGAAAAUGUGAAAUGAGCAUAGGUAUGCGCACUGCUGCUGCUUGGCUGCACUGAUCUUUUGGCACCUUGUAUUGUGGACACUAGGAGCAGUACUGACCAGGAGGACAUGUUUCCAAAUGGAACAAAAGGAAGCCCAUGAAUGUUGGCUAACCUUUCCUCUUUUCCCUUCCAUUUGCAAAUUGACAAUGUCAACUGCUGACAUAUUAGCUUAUAAAAAAUGUAUGAAUUACGAAUCUGCAGUGUUCAAGCCGGGGGAUUUAUUAGGGACAUUGUUAACGUCUCUAUGGAGCGUGGAAUAAUUAAGUGCCGAUGCCGGCACUUACUGGCAACUUGGUGGCAAAUGCUCCAGCAACAUGUCGGGUGCUGCAUGUGAACUGUGAACAAGCUGUGCUUCGGUUUCAUCAGCCUCACCAAUGCAUGGAUCGCAUGGCGUCAUUUCGAGUUUGUGAAAGCAGCGUUCAUACUGAAGAUGAUCUCUGAUGUGGUCACAUAGAGAGCAACUAGCAGUAUGUAUUUUUUGUUACACACAAGAAGACAGUGACAAAACAUCAUAUGCCAUGAAAGGCACAGCCAUGGAUGCUUCCUUGGAGAGCCUAGUGUGUGAAUUACAAAACGACUGGAGAGUUACAAACGGCGCAAGGGUGGACAAAUCAAUCUGGCUGAUCCUGUUAUGUAAAAAAUCUGAGCUGGCUACGCUCCGAUCCGUUACAUGACAACUGUAGGUUGUACAUAACGGCCAGGUUGUACUGUAUUAAUGAGGUUUACGAUGUCCACAUCUAGUGGACGUCGCGGCUAAUAAUACUUGCAACAAGAACAGACUAAAUGGAGAGGCCAUAAAACAAUCAUAGGAACAAGACUCAUUCGUGAAAGCAGGUGCCUUAUAUUGCUUAGCACCUGCACCUUCUGUCUGACCACCAAAGAUUUGCUUCUGCUGAUCUCGUAUAGCUCUUGGCCAAAAUGGAGCACGAGGAGAUGAGCAAAGUCACUGAAGCCACCGGCAAAGUAGACUCCAUGGAAUUCAAGGGAGAUGGCCAAACAAUUGAAGCGAACAACAAGGUGGGUACACUUGAGGCCGUUGAAGGGAAAACGUACGAAGUUAUCGAAGGAAAGGUUGAUUGGAGGGGAAGACCUGCCGUGCGAGGGCGCCAUGGCGGUGUUGGCAAUUCGUUCUUCAUUCUGUCGAACUUUGGACUUGAGAACCUUGCGUCUUUGUCUCUGGCGGUGAACCUUAUCAUGUACUUCAUGUUGAUUAUGCACAUCAACCUGGCCGAUGCCUCCAACCUGCUGACCAACUACAUGGGCACGAGCUACAUGAUCGCAGUGCUCAUCACCGCCUUCGCGGACACCUUCGUCGGACGGUACCAGACUGUGAUCAUAUCGUCGAUGGUUGAGAUCAUCGGACUCCUGCUGCUGACGCUGCAAGCUCACUACGAGAAGCUGAUGCCGCCGAAGUGCAACUGGCCGUUGCCGCCGUGUGAGAAGGUGAGCGGCAACAACGAGAUCCUCCUCUACGCGGCGCUGUACCUGAUCGCGAUCGGCUCGGCGGGUAUCAAGGCGGCGCUGCCGGCGCACUGCGCCGACCAGUUCGAGGAGAAGCACCCCAAGGAGAAGCGCCAGAUGUCCAGCUUCUUCAACUGGCUGCUGCUCGCCUUGUGCAUCGGCGGGGCCUUCAGCGUCACCUUCUUCGUCUGGAUCCAGAACAAAAAGGGCUGGGACAAGGGGUUCGGGGGCGCGACAGGCGUCAUGGGACUCGCUCUCAUCGCCUUCCUCAUAGGCCUGCCGCGGUACCGGAUUUACACCGCACAGGGCAGCAGCGCGCUGCUUGAAAUCUUCCGGGUGUACGUUGCUGCAAUCAGGAACUGGAACCUGGAGCUCCCUGAGAAUCCUGAGGAGCUAUACGAGAUCAGCAGAAGCAAAGCUUCCCCUGAGACGGAGUUCGUGCCCCAUAGAAACAAGCCAUUCAGGUUCUUGGACAGGGCAGCUAUAGUUCAGACACCGGCAGGCGAGGCGCCAAACCCGUGGCGUCAGUGCCGGGUGACGCAGGUUGAGUACGCCAAGACAGUGCUGGCCAUGGUGCCCAUCUUCUGCAGCGCCAUCAUAAUGGGCACCUGCCUCGCCCAGUUCCAGACCUUCUCCAUCCAGCAGGGCUCCACCAUGGACACGAGGCUCGGCCCGUACCUGACGAUGCCGCCGGCGUCGCUGCCCAUCAUACCGCUGGGCAUGCUCAUCUUCAUCGUGCCCAUCUACGAGCGCGUCUUCGUGCCCUUCGCGCGGCGCAUCACGGGCCACCCGAACGGCAUCCCCUACCUGCAGCGCGUCGGCGUCGGCCUCGUGCUCUGCAUCAUCUCCAUGUGCCUCGCCGCCGUGGUGGAGAUGUACCGCAAGAGGGUGGCCAGAGAGCACGACAUGCUGGACGCGAUCCCGACGAUUCAGAUGCUGCCCAUGUCCUGUUUCUGGCUGGCCCCGCAGUACGCCGUGUUCGGCGUCGCCGACAUGUUCACCUUCAUCGGCCUGCUCGAGUUCUUCUACUCGCAGGCGCCGCCCCCGCUCAAGUCCAUGUCGUCCGCGUUCUUAUGGGGCGCCCUAUCGCUCGGCUACUACUUCAGCACCAUCAUCGUCAAAGCAGUCAACGCGGCCACCAAGAACUACACCACCAGCAGAGGCUGGCUGCAGGGCAACAACAUCAACCGGAACCACCUCGACCUCUUCUUCUGGCUGCUCGCCGUGCUCAGCUUCCUCAACUUCCUCAACUACCUCUACUGGUCCAGCUGGUACAAGUACGUUAAGCAACAAGACCAGCCCAAGGAUGUGUCGGAGCAGCCGGAGCAAGUGUGACGAUUGACGACCAAGCUUCCUGUCUGUCUUGCUUGCUAGUACCUUAUCAGAGUUCUAAUAAGAACGAUGCAAAGGUUUUUGUGAUGUUUUGUGCCCUUCAGGUUCAUGAAGGUUAAUUAUCAUGUUGUCAUGUACUCCUUCAGCACAGACUUGAAUUUUGUGUGCAAGGUUACGAUACUCCUUGUUUGCUGUC